AUGGGUCUUUUCUCGGAUUCUACUGUUACUCAUAUAGCUUGUAAUUCAGAAGGCCAAAUCCAAAGAAGUCUCCUUGGAACAAGCAUACAAACCGAAUCUUAUAAAGUAAUCAACAGAGGGUUUCAGGUUUUACGCACCAGAUCCGAAUCAUGUCAAACUGAUGCAUUCGAUCAAGACCCAGCAUGUCAAGUGGAAACGGAGAAUGAUUUGGAGAGAUUGAUACAUUUUCUGAAAAGAACUGAGCCCAUUCUAACGGAACAAAUAGAGAAGAAUUGCCGUUCCAGAGAAUUUGGGCGCAAAACAACCGAAGCCCCUAUUACAGUGAGCCUACAGCUGUCGUCCACAAUAAAACCAGAAAUAGCUAAUAUUGACGGGCUUUCACCCACCUGUUUCACCUGGAAUUGUACUGGAGCCGUGCUUGGCAUAACAUAUGGCUGUUUGCGUCACAACGGGUGGUGCACGCACGAGGGCGUUUUGGUAUUGUGGAAUAUAACCCAGAUGGAUGGCCGUAGAUUGAGCAAGAAGUUGGAAGCAAAUAGUUGUUACACAGCCGCCUCCUUUCAUCCAUCUGCACUUUCAGUGUUGGCCGCAGGAACUUUUGCUGGCGAACUACUGGUGUACAAUUUCGCCAAGGAUUCCGAAAGUCUGAUAGCAUCCAACAGCUCCGAUGAUGGAAGUUACACAGAAUCUAUCAUCCAGAUUGAAUGGCUUUUAGACCGUCGGGGUACAGAUAAGUCGUCAGAAGUAACACGACAUCUAACUGACCGAAUCUUGACCAUCGGGACUGAUGGACGAAUCGCCUUCUGGGCACUUGAUCUCCACGGAAGAGAUGUCAGAAUGCGCUGCGUAAAACUUAUUCAGUUCAGUAACCGGGAUAUGAUGGUUCAAAUGGGUCCAGCGUAUACUCGCUCUGGUGUUCGGAAAUCAAGCCGUUCAAGUAGCCUUGGCUACGCACACAACCAACUCCCAUGUGGAUUCACUGCGGCCGCAAUCUCACCUUUUCAGCCAGAUCGUCUCGCAAUCGGCACAGAAGCAGGUGGUAUAUUCCUGUGCGAUUUGGGCACCGCCGCAUAUUCUACAGAGUCAACGAAUCCUCCUAUGAUAACAAAAGGCUCAGCAGUGGUGGAAUUCUGCUUGUUCCGCCAGUCAGGACCUGUGAGUGGACUUACCUGGUCGAAAUUUGAUCCCAACCUGCUUAUUUCAUGCGGAAAUCGCUCUAUUGUUCAAGUCCACAAUAUAAAGGAGAGAUCUCAGCCAAUAACCAUCGACCCAGGUCAAGGGGCGGUGACAGUGAUUCAACUGUCACCUCACUAUCCGAACCUGUUGACCUGCUGUACCGGACAAGGAUCAAUUGCAUUGUAUGAAAUUGACACAAGACGCGGAGCUUUUGGAUCCGCAGAAAACAGCCCAGAAAAACAGCCUCGAUUGUUGCACAUCGUCAGUGGAACUGAUGAAAACGGUGCAAGGAGCAUGGCCCCUAUAGUAGCGUUAACCUUCAACCCCAGGAAUGCGAAAUUACUGGCGACAGGAGACCAAGAUGGACGCGUUUGCUUAUGGGAAUUGGAAGAACUAUGGAAUGAGCGAUAACCAAAACUAACUGGCCUUCAACUGAUGGACCAUC